AUGUCCUGGAGAAGCGACAUUCGUGUAGUUGUUGCCAUAGAUUUCGGAACAACAUACUCUGGCUUCGCUUAUGCGCAUAAACAAAAUCCAGAAAUUAUAACGAAUGACGUUUGGCCAGAAGUGAUUGGGACAAUCAAGACUAAUACCGUACUUCAAUAUGACGAAAAGUAUAAAAAUGUGCAGGAAUGGGGUUACCCGGCACUGGCCAAGAGACCUCAACGAAAAGGUCGUAGCAAGAAUGUCGUUUAUAAACCAGUUGAAUUAUUUAAACUUCAUUUGGGUGAUAUACCGGAAUCGGAGAAACGCCCUUUGCCAAAAGGAUUGGAUUAUAAGAAGGCAAUUACAGAUUAUUUAAGAGAAAUGGGAACGCUUGAAGUGCGUUGGCCUGGCUUAGAUUUUUUAAAUCAUGUACUAAUGGUGCUCACUGUUCCAGCAGAAUAUUCUGAAAAAUCAAAGGGAAUAUUGAGGGAAUGUGCAUACAACGCGGGACUUAUCGGGAAUCUGAAAUCGGAAAAACUGCAGUUUUCGACUGAGCCUGAGGCUGCCGCCAUCCAUUGUAUGCGAGUAUUAAAAGAAUACUUCGCUACUACCGAAGGCAAAAGUUUUCUAAUCGUAGACGCUGGAGGAGGGACAGUUGAUUUAACAACUCGAAGAUUCAUAACAGGCGAUCAGUUAGGUGAAGUUACUGAGCGCACCGGUGAUUUUUGCGGUAGUGCAUAUGUGGACAGAGAAUUUUUAAAAUUAAUGAAACGUCAUAUCGGUGAUCAAACGAUGAAUAUAUUAGAGGAGCAGCACUACGGUCAACUGCAAUAUAUGGUUCAAGAAUUUUGUCGGCGCGUAAAAUUACUAUUUACAGGAAAUCCGGAAGAAUUUAAGAUUUUCGAGUUAGACCUUGAGGAGGUUUGUCCGGUGGUUAAACAAUACGUUACUGGUUCAUAUAAGGAAAAAUUGGAAGACGACGAGUGGAUAAUUGAACUUGAUUUCGAAUCGGUGAAAGCGAUGUUUGAUCCUAUCAUAGGAAGGAUAAUUCGAUUGAUUUCUGGACAACUUAAUGCAGGUGGAGAGUGUAGUGUAAUGUUCUUGGUGGGUGGAUUUAGUGAGUCGAAAUACUUGCAAUCUAGGAUUCGACAAGAAUUUGCAAGUCGAAUUAAGGACAUUGCAGUCCCCAAGCAACCUCAAGCGGCAAUAGUUAGGGGCGCACUAGAUUAUGGUCUUAAAAUGGACACCAUUAAAACUCGCGUGUUAAAAUAUACGUAUGGUAUAGAGGUACAAAAUUUACAUGGAAUGUUUGAUCCUCCAGAACGGAAAGUUGAUGGGAAGUAUAUAUUUAAAUUUCAUAAAUUAGUUGAACGUGGACAAGAAGUAGGUGUGGAUGAAGCUUUUGGUGAAUCGUUUAAACCGUUGGAACAUACGACCAGUCUGAGAUUCACGGUUUACUUUACCAAAGAAAAGAAAGGAACAUAUUGUGAUGAGUUGGGGAUGUCGUUGCUGGGUGAGAUUAUAGUUGAUAUGCCAGACACUUAUCUAGGGAAGGAAAGACCAGUGGAUUUUAGGUUGAUGUUUGGUAGGAUGGAGAUUACUGCUAUUGCUAAAAAUCAAUUAACUGGUCAUGAAUACAAAUCUACUUUUAAGCUAGAGCUUUAA